CAUAUAAAAUAUUAUUGUUAUUUUAGAUAAAGUGAAAUGGUUUUCUGUAUUGGUUUUUAAGUAAAGAUGAGUUUUCUUCGUCAGUGUAACGAGUUUUUUUGCGACGAAAAUAUGAAUAAAGAAACAGUUUCGGUAAAAGUUCUUAACUGGCUUAGUAAUAGCUGUGAUUCAGGGCUGGAUGAUCAGAUGAUCAAAGAUGAUCUAGAGGAUCAGAGUCUUUCUCUUUUAAAGAAUGAUAUAGUUGUUGAUGUCGAACAGUUAAAUAAAAACAAUUCAAAAGAAGUUCUCUCACGUAAACUUUCAGAGAGUAUUCAAAAUCAGAUUAACAAGUUGCAAGGUAAUUUAGAAAAUGUCCCCUGGGACAUUAUUGAUUGCGAUACCUUGGUGCAGGUAGACAAAACAUUGUUUCCCAUUCAACGCCAAUUUGUUGCUUAUGUGUCAGGAUUUUUUUGCGACAUAGUCGAUCGAAUGGAUGAAAAAUACCAUAAUACAAUUGUGUUAAAAGGAUUUGAAGUAGAUGAAAUUCGUACAGUUCUUACGUUUAUUUAUAAUGCUAAUCAAGAAGAUGUGACGGAUAUGAACGUAGCGUCAUUGCUACAACUUGCAAAGCAGUUUAAAGUCAAAAGAAUACUACGAAUGUGUGAAAAACAUUUACUUCGGUCGUUAACGUUUAACAGAGUUAUUGCUAUUCAGCUUGCACAACAGUAUAAACUUGAUUACGUUUUUCUAGAUUCCUGUCAAAAGCUUAGUCAGACUGACGGAUUUGAAGACACAGCUGAGUUUCUAUCACUCAAUUAUUCCACUCAAAACAUUGUUAUGAGAUAUGCCUUGAAGCGAUUUCGAAAAGCCCACGAUAUAAUUCGCAAUUUGGAUGUUUAUUUGUGUAGCUACCAUGGAAAUGACACUAAAAAUAACGAUUGUUGUUUCAGGUCCGCAACGUAUCGAACCGAAGGCAACCACACUUUUCUCGUUAAAUUAGAAAAGCCUCAAGAAAAGUUAUUAAACUUCAUUGAAAAAGUUUGUAACGAUAGUUCAUAAAAGUUUGUAAAAACUAUAAUUUAUUUUUUGUUGAGAAGAUUUAUGCUAGAAUUUAUUUUUGGAAUAAUUUUAUUUUAUUUAUAAAAUAAAAGAUUGCUUUCUCAUAGC